AAAUUGGAGUUUCUGAUUUCUAGGGCACAAAAUCUUAGAUUCGGUGAAGUCAUUCAUUACUCCAUUGCCAAAGCUUGUAACCGAGCUAUAUACUCCCAUGGCCGACGAAUCUUCUUCUCCGGCCACGGGGGAUCUCAAUUCUCAGAAACCAGAAGCCACUACUCCGAUUCCAAUUCCCAAUCCAAAUCCCAAUCCUUCUCUAACAACACCACCGCCUCAACACCAUUCGCAACCACAAGUAGCUGCUCUGAUUCCGCCUGGUCCGCCUUAUACUCCUCCUUCACAGAUUCCUGGCUCACUUCUCCCCACCAAUCUUCCGCCGCCACCACCAUUCCGUCCCGGUAUGCAGUUCACUCCCGCUGGGAAUUUUCAAAACCCUAGCUCUGGAGUUCCUCCGCCCGGCGUGAAUUCUAUGGCGGUUCCAGGAUCUAUGCCUCAGUAUCAACUGCAGCCUCCGAACCAGCCUGGUAUGAGGCCUUACCAGCCUAUGGCUAAUGGUUAUCCCGGAAUUCAUGGCGUUGCUCCUCCUCCGGGUGGGUUCUUCUAUCUCUUCAGUUUAUAAAGUUUUAUUCUUUUUUUCUGUUUGAUGCACUUUAGGCUAUAGAGUUUGUUUCCGUGGCGUUUUUUUUCGUUCUGUGGAUGUUGAAUGUGAAUAUGUGAUUCAUAAAGUAGUGAAAGGGGAACUAUAUGUCUAUGUAGUUAAUUAGAGUAGAAAGAAGUUUUAUUGAAAGAGGAAUUAGGGAGAUAACUAGAAACAGGGACACCGAUGACCGGGUGUUUUCUCCUACAGCGUCUUGAUUGAGUUCCGUGAGAAUGGUUGCAAGGCAUCAAAUUUUGGGUAGGGACUCACUUCUACGACUCCUUCAUUUUGGUAUGCGCAAAUUCGCUUUUUGUUCUUCUUAUUUCUCUCCUUAAUUGUUUUAGUUAGUGUAACUCCCUUUGAAGAUAACAUUCAUGAAACAUCUUAACUAAACCUCUUACCUAAAGGUUCUUGAAAAUUUUGCCUCAUGUUAUCCAGUUUAUAUGUUAAAUUGAGAAUUACUGUAGUUUUAAGAACUUUAAACUUGAUGGGUUAACCAACUGCCAGCAGCAAGCAUUUCUAGCGACUGAGUGCUCCUUGGUCUUGGUUUUGAGGUAUUGCUAUUCUUUCAAAUUACACCUUCCGUUACAUCUUCCACAUGUUUCUCUUUCCUUUUCCCUUCUGUGGCCAAGCUGCUAAGGGAUGAAAUAAAGCUUUUAUGAUGGGUAGUAAUAGUUUUUCUAAGUUCCAUAUGGGCAUGAUAUGAUGGGCAUUUCAAUAUUACUGAAUCUCAAAUUCAACAUUUAUCAGAUGAUUAUAGAUUCUUACCUAUUUCAAGUUGCCCUAUGAGGUAUGACUACUUAAUGUGGUAAUAAUGACUACGAUACUGGUGCUAUCUUCUCAAUGUGUCCUUCAGGUUCUCUGUUCAGCUGGUGGUAUUUGUACUGCCUCUGGUGUGCAUAUCUAAUUUGCUCUAGUUUGUGGGCUUCUCCGGUAUCCUUCUCCAUAUCCAACAAUGGUUCGUCCUGGGUUCAUUAUGCGCCCGCCUGGUACAAUCGGUGCUGUUCAACUAGCACCACGACCUGCUGUCCCGGGAAUGCCUGGUCUCCGUCCUGUAAUGCCUCCUAUGGUUAGACCAGCUUCUCUUCCUUUUGUAACACCUGCAGAAAAGCCCCAGACCACAAUUUACAUUGGCAAGAUAGCAACCGUGGAAAAUGACUUUAUGAUGUCUAUUCUCGAGUUUUGUGGCCAUGUCAAAAGCUGUUUACGUGCGGAAGAUCCUACCACCAAGAAACCUAAAGGUUUUGGAUUCUAUGAAUUUGAAUCAGCUGAAGGGAUUCUCCGUGCAAUACGCCUACUGACCAAACGCACUAUAGAUGGACAAGAACUUUUGGUGAAUGUUAAUCAAGCAACAAAGGAGUAUUUGCUAAAAUAUGUUGAGAAGAAAAUAGAGACUGCAAAGAAAGCCAAGGAAAGUCAAGCUGUAGGAACUGAAGAGAACCAAGCUGAAGGUCCUGAAAGUGAGCGACGAAAACUUGAGAGUGCUGAAAAUGAGACAGGGAAAGAUGGAGAACCCAAGAGUAAAGAAAACAUCGAUAUUGCGAAUUCUGCGGUCAUAAAUGACGAAGAAAGGGAAGCAGACAGAGAGGCUAUGGAAAAGAUUGAAAGUGCUAUUGAAGAAAGGUUAAAGUCCAACCCUCUGCCUCCACCACCCCCACCACCACCUGCUGAUCGUUCAGGCAUGGAACUUGCUUUCACAUCUAAGGAUGGUGACUCCAACACUGACAUAGCUAGGAGUGAUGCCGCAGCAAAUGAUGUUGAGACUUCUAGAGAACAAAAUAGGCCUGACACAAGCUCUCCUGAUUGGAGUAAGAGAAAUGACCGAAGAAGCAGAGAAAGAGGUGAAAAGGAGCAAGAAAUUGAUAGACUCGAGAGGGAGGCUGAACGAGAACGGACAAGGAAAGAGAGGGAGCUAAGGAGGAAACUUGAGGAUGCAGAGCGUGCUUACCAGACUCGUCUUCGACAAUGGGAACGCAGUGAAAGAGAAAAGGAGAAAGAACGACAGUACGAGAAGGAGAAAGAGAAAGAUAAAGAGCGUAAGAGGAAAAAGGAAAUCCGCUAUGAAGAAGAAGAGGAAGAAGACGAUGAUGAUUCAAGAAGAAGAUGGCAUAGGGCUGCAUUAGAUGAGAGAAGAAGACGACGACUAAGAGAAAAGGAGGAUGACUUAGCUGAUAGAUUGAAAGAAGAAGAAGAGGUUGCUGAGGCGAAGAGAAAUGCCGAGGAGCAAAAGUUGCAGCAACAGCAAUUAGAUGCCUUAAGGAUCCUAUCUGGACAGGCAGCUAUUGGAAGUGAAACGGUUCAGACAUCACCUAUUGAAAAUGAUCAUAAGGCAACUCUCCAAACUGUCGGUGAAUCUGCCAAUGAGCACCAUGCAGCAGAUUUUGAACAAAAUGGUUCUGGUAAUGAAUCCAUGGCUAUUGAUAAUAAUAGUGGAUCAGAGGCACAUGCUCCCUCAAAGAAAUUAGGAUUUGGGCUUGUGGGAUCCGGAAAGCGAACAUCUGUGCCUUCUGUUUUCUAUGAGGAGGAUGAAGACGAAGCGCGUAAGGCUAAAAAGAUGAAACCUUUGGUUCCUAUAGAUUACUCAACCGAGGAACAGGAAGCCGUGGCCCAUGGUGGCUCAGGGAAUACACCACCUCAUUUGGCUUUAGCCGCUGAAUUUGCUAAACGAAUUUCGAGUACUAAUCCCAAGGAAGAGACAAUAGAAACCGAAAAACAAAGGAGCAGACGUUCUCAUGAUAAGUCAAGCCACCGGGACAGGGAAAGGGAAAGGGACAGGGACAGAGUCAGGGACCGAGGUGACGGGCAUAGUGGUCCAACCAAAGACGCUAAAGAGUCUGGAAAAGCAAAGAUACCUGAUACCAAGUUUCUGGAUGCGAAACAAUUGAUAGAUACAAUUCCAAAGACAAAGGAAGACUUAUUUUCGUACGAGAUAAACUGGGCUAUGUAUGACAAGCACCAAGUGCACGAAAGAAUGAGACCAUGGAUCUCAAAGAAAAUUAUGGAGUUUCUCGGAGAAGAGGAAGCCACGCUGGUAGAUUUCAUCGUGUCAAACACUCAACAACACGUGAAGGCGUCUCAGAUGCUCGAGCUGUUGCAAUCAAUUCUAGACGAAGAAGCUGAGAUGUUUGUGCUGAAGAUGUGGAGAAUGCUCAUCUUUGAGAUCAAGCGGGUCGAAGCUGGAGUCCCGGUAAAAUCCAAAGCCUGAAACUUUUCUUUAAAGAUUUUUAUCUUCCUUUGUUGCUUAGUAUCCCAAUUUUUUUCAAGUCUUCUUGUCUUUGGAUUAUAAAAGAAUCGCCAUGUUUAAAUGCAAAAGAAGAGAUUGAAACAAGAAAAUACAAAUUAUACAUUCUAGUUCACAGAAUAAAUGUUUGCACCACUUGA